AAUGGAUAUAUGUUGACAAUCUGAGUUGCGCGGUCCUAUAAUAAAUGUAUCAAGUUUCCUUCUGACAUGGAAAUAUUCUUGACAUUAAAAACACGUGGAUUUGAACGGUUUUUCAACGUGGGCGAAACUGGUUUAAACAGGACAGAAAGUAUCUUGAUCUCCUUGUGCUCUCCAUGUGGGGCUACAGUGCUGUUCCAGGACCAGGAGACCUUGUAAGGUUCAACACUUCACUACAGCCAGACUGGCUGAAACUUUAAGCUCCACAUCUGAAGGCUUUGGAUCACCAACAGGAUGGAUGUCCUUUCAAACUCUGUCUCCAUGUCCAACCACGUACAUGGUGAAGACGUCUCAUCUGUCCCUCAUCCUGCCAUGUCUAUCGAUAAACUCUUGCCUGCUCUCCUUGAGUGCUUUGGUAUCAUACUAUGUGGCUAUGUUGCUGGACGGGCCAAUAUCAUCACCUCCACCCAGGCCAAAGGUCUGGGGAACUUUGUAUCUAAAUUUGCCCUUCCAGCACUGCUGUUUAAGAACAUGGUGCUGCUGGACUUAGGUGAUGUCAUCUGGCCGUUUCUUUGGAGCAUCUUAGUGGCCAAAGUGACUGUGUUUUUUGUUGUUUGUGUACUGACCUUACUGGUUGCCAGUAAAGACAGCCGGUACUCCAAAGCUGGACUUUUCUCCAUAUUUGCCACCCAGAGUAAUGACUUUGCCUUGGGAUACCCUAUAGUUGAAGCUCUAUACAGAAACACCCAUCCUGAGUAUGUCCAGUAUAUCUACCUGGUGGCACCAGUCUCACUCAUGGUGCUCAAUCCUAUCGGGUUUGCGUUUUGUGAGGUCCAGAAAUGGAAACGCGACCAGCGUCAGCAGCAGAGUAAGCUUCAUGUGGUUGGUGUGGUCUUUAUUCACGUUCUCAAGAAUCCCAUUGUCUUCAUGGUGAUAAUCGGGAUUGUAGCACACUUUGCUAUCGGCCCAAAGAUCCCAGAUUUCAUGCAGGAGUUUGUGGAUGGUUUGGCCAACUCUUUUGGAGGAGCAGCGCUGUUUUAUCUGGGUCUGACCAUGGUGGGGCAGCUGAAGAAACUAACCAGGUCUACUGUGGUGGCCCUCAUACUGCUCAUCACUGCCAAAUUACUGGUGAUGCCGCUGAUUUGUAGAGGUAUGGUGGAGGUUUUGGACAGAGGGAAUAUUAGCUCUCAAAACCAGAGCAGUCUGUCUAACUAUGCUUUCCUCUAUGGCGUUUUCCCCACUGCACCCAGUGUGGCCAUUUAUGCCAGUCACUACAGCAUGGAGCUGCAGGUGAUGACAUCAGGGAUGGUGAUCUGCACAUUCCUCUCUGCUCCUAUAAUGUACGUGUCUGCGUGGCUGCUGACUAUUCCCUGGAUGGACCCAAAACUACUAGAAUCAGCGCUACAGAACAUUAGCUUUAACAUCAGCAUCGUCAGCCUUGUCGCUCUAGUGUGGUGUAUUGCUGUCAGUGUAAUGAGUAAAAAGUUUUGCAGACGUCCUCAUAUCUUUACCAUCAAUCUGUUCAUGGCUCAGCUGGGGGUAUGUGUAGGUAUGGUUGCUUGGAAAUUUGUGGUGGUUCAGGAUAGCUUUGUUGGUCAGGUUUUGACCUUUACUCUACUCUACGGCUCACUCUACAGCACUUACCUUUGGCCAGGUCUGAUAGCUCUCUCUCUCUUCCUGCUGAGGAGGGACGAGGAGCUAAAUGUACAGCCUGGUGUUUUGAUGCUAAUUGGUUGGGGACUGCCAGGCGUAGCAAUAAGUAUCCUUCUCAUGGUGGGAGAGAAGAUGUCAGACACUAUUGACUCUGCCUUCUUUUUCGGCCCAGCACAGGUUGUAUGUACAGUGGUCGUGUUGGGUGUAGGUAUAGCUGUAGCCGGAAUCUCCCUCAUGCUGCUUAGCAGAGGUGCACAGGAAUAUCAAACUCUUGAGCAUGGCCCACUAAAUGCCACUGAAGAGGACCUCAGGACUGACACCAAUGCACAAAUACAGAGCAAUGUUCAGCAGAUCAACAUAGAGGAUGGUAUUAGGAGAGGGUGUCAGAAUUGUGAGUGCAACCUUUCUUCAAUUCAAGCAAUAUCUAAUAAUAUUUGCAACAGCACUGUGAUGGAAACACCUAUACAGCCAGGUCAUUGUGGGAGCUGCUGUGACUCCUCUCAUUGUUUACUGGUAAAAGAGGAACAGAAGCAGCAGACUGCUGACAGACAGGUAGCCAGACAUGUUCUCCUCUGUCUGCUACUCACAGUUAGCCUCCUGGCUAAUAUCUCCAGCUACCUCUGGUGGCUCUUCAGUCCAGUUCCAGGCAGACUCUACUUAGAGCUGCAGUUCUUCUGUGCUGUGAUCAACUUUGGCCAGGGUUUUAUAUCAUUUGCCAUUUUUGGUCUUGACAAACAUUUAAUCCUUAUACCAUUUAAAAAGAGAUUAGCACGUCUAAUGCAGACACAGGGACAGGAAGCAGAAGGUUCUUCUAGUGUAUCUGAGGAGAUCAAGCUCACCUGUAGUCAGUUUCUCAAGUACCAUAAAGAACAAUGUGCCCAGGAUAUUGUCCAGAAAAAGAGGUGUGGGGAGCACAGUGUAGCGCACACAUUUCUUGGCAGUGAAAUGGUGCUGUGGCUGCAGACUGUUGGAUUGGCCAGUGACCAGGGGGAGGCGCUGCUCUAUGGCACCCGCCUGCUGGAAGGUGGAGUCAUUCACCAUAUCACUCAUGAUUACGAUUUCCAAGAUGACAACCUGCAUUACUGUUUCACAGACGUCUGUGUGGUCCAUCACUGAAGCAAGAUGAACGUUGUGUAGUGUGAUUUAUGGCUUGGUGUGUAUUACACUUGGUGUAAACUGACUUGUUUACAGGAAGAAAAGGGAAGCAAUUAACUCUGUGCUGCUUUGACAAGUGAACUAUAUUUACAUAAUGUGUCAAGUUGUACUACGGUACAGUGCACUGAAUAGUUCAAAUGUAAGACCCUCAGCUUAAAGAAAUGUUAUGUUAUAAAGCAUGUUAUGUUAUAUAGCAUGUCCUGCUACAAGUCUUCUAACAGAUAUUCUAAUGUCAUAACAGACAUUUUUCUUGGAAAAUGUAAGUAUGUUUAGUAGCAUAUGAUUGCUGACCACUUUAAUAGGAACACCAGUACAACUGCACAUCCAUAAGAUUGUGAACAUGCAGUUCUUCAUUUAAUUUUCACACAUCAGAAUGGAGAAAAAGUGUGAUCUUUGCUGUGACAUGGCUGUCUGUGCUAGAUAGGCUGGUGUGAAUAUUUCAGAAACUGAUGAUCUCAUACAGAACAUCCUUGAAAGUUGGGCAAGCAAAUCCAUACUGUAUGCUACAGGCUGAAACGUUUGAGAGUGAUUUAAAAGAGAAUGACCAGAAGUGCCUGAGCUGACAGGAAAUUACUAGCAAGACUUGAAAAAGACCAGGUGACACCUCCUGUCAAUAUCUUAAACACUCCAGUGUGUCCAGUACGUAACGUGGUGCUCUGCUGUUGUAGCCUGUCCACCUCUGCAUUUUGAACCAUUCUGUGAACUCGAGAUGGUUGUGUGUGAACAUUCCAUCAGUUGUUUCUGUAAUACUCAAAACAGCCUUUCUUGCAUUAACAACCACAAUUUUUGGUGUGAACAUUAACUGAAGCUCUUGACCAUAAAGGUCAAUGCAUGUGUUGCAUUGCUCUGCUGCCACAUGACUGGUUGAUUAGAUAACUAUGGAGGUUCUCCUAAUAAAGUACACUAGAGUUCUUCCACAAAGAUCAAUACAAAAACAUGUUUCUGUAAAAACACUCAGGGGGAAAAGUUUAUUUGUACCAUUCAUUAUUCUUUAUGAUUCAUAGGUUAGGAUUCCAAUUAUAUUGCCAUUGUCAAGUUACAUUGUCCCAUUACAGUGUUCAAAAGACAUUCAACAUCACUAAUACAUGUAACACAUUGUACGAGUGUGCCAUAGCAGUACAUGUCCUGUUAAGGAUGUAAUGAUCAAUUGAUGUGUUUCCUCUGAAGCCUGAGGAAAUGGGGCUGUUGUAUUUUUUUGUGUGUACCGUUUAAUAUAAGCCACCUCAAAACCUAAGCAUUAAUUGAAACCUGGCAGUAUCUGAUGUUAACAGACUAUUUUUGGUACUUUAUUUAUUAGAGGUACAGUUGUUUAUUCUUACAUUGCACAGCCUUACUAUUUCAUUUGGGUAUCAAAUAAACCAUUUUUUCAAAGUGCA